AUGGUCCGCCUGCCACUCCCGCAGCGCCUCAGCUCGCACCUCUCCGCCAGAAGUGCGAGCUCGACCCCGGGACAAAGCAGGAGUACCAGUCCCUUGAGAUCUAAUGAAUCCAAGCCUCUAUUGCUCAAGGUCACCGUCAUCAAGGGUCGAAAUCUGGCUCCCAAGGAUCGAGGUGGCACAAGUGAUCCUUAUUUGGUGGUGACAUUAGGAGACGCUAAACAGUCCACCCCAACGAUAUCCAAGACCUUGAACCCGGAAUGGAACGUGUCAUUCGAAAUGCCCGUGCUGGGCGUGCCACUGUUGGAAUGUAUUUGCUGGGAUCACGAUCGAUUUGGCAAGGACUACAUGGGCGAGUUCGACAUCGCGUUGGAGGACAUCUUUCAAGAUGGCAAGGUUAGCCAAGAGCCCAAAUGGUACAAUCUCAAAUCGAAACGAGUCUCCAGUCGCUCCACCCGAAAGAAGAAGAAGAAGGAUAGCACGGUGUCAGGCGAGAUCCUGCUCCAGUUCUCUCUCUCGGAUCCUGCCCUCCCUGGAGCCUCGCCCACGGACACAUAUCGCAAGUUUAGAAACCUGGCGUGCAUUGGUGAGGAGGAUGACCCAUUGGACCAGAUCCCCGCCGCCGAGCUGGACGAACUGGACUUGGAGGACCAGGACGAGGAGACCUCCGAUGAAACCGACGAAAAUCAAACCAAGCCGGAGAUUGUCGAGAAGCGGCGGAGGCGGUUGCGACUGGCUCGUUUGCGUCGCAAAUCCUUGGCCGCCCGUGCAUAUCAAUUCUCGGGCUCAGGGACCGGCGUUCAGGGUAUCGUGUUUAUGGAGAUUGUCAGGGUCACUGAUCUUCCCCCCGAGAAAAACGUGACACGAACCUCAUUUGACAUGGACCCCUUCGUGGUCACCUCUCUCGGCAGGAAAACACUUCGAACCCCCGUCGUGCGCCACAACCUAAACCCAGUUUACCACGAGAAAAUGGUCUUCCAAGUUAUGCGCCACGAGAAGAACUACCUUAUCAGCUUCACGGUAAUGGAUCGGGACAAGUUCUCGGGUAACGACUUUGUCGCUUCGGCAAGCUUCCCAUUGCAAUCCCUCAUCCAGUCUGGUCCUGAAACCGACCCCGAGACAGGUCUGUACCAUUUUGUAGAGUUGGAUGAGCCUAGCCCGGCGGCAAAGUAUAGUCCUCGCUUUGCCGUCAGCCCUUCGCCAUCUUCAUCGAAUCUUUCCAAGAUGAGCAGGCCUGCAUUCAAGACCCGCAGCUCCUCGGCUUCUAUCACACUGACCGUUGGUGACUUGGCCAACAAAGCACCUACAUCUGCCCCAGACGAGUCUUCCGGCGUGGACAGCAGCAGCACUACCCUACAGAUCCCAACUGCUUCGAGCGAGACAAUAGCAGACCCGCUUCCCAUACCGGAUGAGGAGGGCCUGAGGGCGUACACGAUUCCCCUGACACUUAAAAAUCGAGAAAGGUGGGAAGAUAAGCACUCGCCCGAACUGCAUGUCAAAGCAAAGUAUCUACCCUAUAGUGCUUUGCGCCAGCAGUUCUGGUUGCUUAUGCUCAAACAAUACGACGCCGAUGACAGCGGUCGUAUUGAUAAGGUCGAAAUGACUACAAUGCUUGACACAUUGGGUUCCACCCUGAAAGAAUCAACAAUCGACAGCUUUUUCGACCGCUUCAGCGCUGAAAACGAAUCCAGCGAGACCGCUGAUCUCACCUUCGACCAAGCAGUGAUAUGCCUCGAAGACACCCUGCGCGCCCUGCAGAAAAAGAAUUCCAGACCCCGCAUGGGACCUUCAUCAGUCGGAAGCCAAGAAAGUGAGGAGCAAUCUAGCAGCGAUGACCUCGCUUCGGAAUCGAACGCCGCCAUUUCGUCAACCGCUAACCCCCAUGGAAUAGCCGUCCCUACUUUGAAUAGUGAUGAGCAGCCCAGUUCGAACGAGGAAGACCUUCGCCCAGGCGAUCUAGCUGAUGAGAGAGGCGAGGAGCAUGUCGUGGAGAUCCGCGAGUGCCCACUUUGCCACCAGCCUCGUCUUUCAAAACGAUCUGAUGCGGACAUUAUCACCCAUAUUGCAACAUGUGCCAGUCGUGACUGGCGCCAGGUCGACAAUCUCGUCAUGGGUGGGUUCGUGACUUCCAGUCAGGCCCAGCGCAAAUGGUACUCUAAGGUCAUCACGAAGAUCUCCUAUGGUGGUUAUCGCCUUGGUGCCAAUUCUGCCAACAUUUUGGUUCAAGAUCGUAUUACCGGCCAGAUUAACGAGGAGCGUAUGAGUGUUUACGUCCGACUUGGAAUCCGACUGCUAUACAAGGGUCUCAAGAGCAAGGAUAUGGAGAAGAAGAGAACAAGUACCGUGCGAGAGUCUAAUCGUGGCAUCUCCUUAGUCCGUCGCGUUCUGCGUUCCCUUAGUGUCAAGCAGGGCCGAAAGUACGACGACCCAGCCUCGGUCUCCCAGAUCAAGGACUUUAUCAAUUUCCAUCAAUUGGAUAUGUCCGAGGUUCUGCAACCUCUUGAAAAGUUCCGCAACUUCAACGAAUUCUUCUACCGCGCAUUGAAACCCGACGCUCGUCCCUGCUCCGCCCCAGAUGAGCCCAAGAUUGUUGUAUCACCCGCCGACUGUCGCUCUGUGGUCUUUGAUCGCAUGGAUGAGGCCACCAGCCUUUGGGUGAAGGGUCGGGAAUUCUCCGUCGAAAGAUUACUUGGAAAUGCCUACCCUGAAGAUGCGGCCCGAUACCACAACGGCGCGGUGGGUGUAUUCCGUCUCGCGCCGCAGGACUAUCACCGCUUCCACAUCCCCGUUGACGGAGUGAUGGGUGAGCCGAAAACUAUCGAGGGUGAGUAUUACACAGUCAACCCAAUGGCCAUCCGCUCUGCGCUCGAUGUGUAUGGCGAAAAUGUUCGUGUUCUUGUUCCUAUUGACUCCGUUGCCCACGGCCGCGUGAUGGUUAUCUGCGUCGGUGCGAUGAUGGUCGGUAGUACGGUCAUUACACGCAAGGCUGGCGAGAAGGUUUCCCGUGCAGAGGAGCUUGGUUACUUCAAGUUCGGCGGCUCUACUCUUCUCGUUUUGUUCGAGGAGGGAGUGAUCAAUUUCGACAAAGAUUUGGCGGAUAACUCCAAGGGCUCCUUGGAGACGCUGAUUCGAGUCGGUAUGUCGGUCGGGCACAGCCCUGAUAUUCCUCAAUUUGAACCAGAUAUGCCCAAGGACGCAGAGAACAUCACUGUCGAAGAGAUGGAAGAGGCCAAGCGGCGCAUUGAGGGUAGUAUGUCUGCCCCCAGUGAGCCUGCCCCGAUUCAUGCUGCGAUCCAAUGA